AUGUUUCAUGUCAACCGAAGAAUCAUAGAGGUGAAUAACGAACAACAUGAGGAUAUGCCUGAGUAUGAUCUGGAAUAUGAGAAAGAUGAUGAAACCCAAGUGUAUGAUUCAGAAACUGAAAAUGGUGAAGGAAACGACAUUAACUACAAGAACAAUUUAGAUUCGGCAGAAGAAAUCCAAAACCUAGUUCCUAUAAGGUCAAAACAGAAGAGGGGCAUGACUCAAUUGCCAAAGAUGAAGACUGAGCAUGUCAAUUCUAGUGGUAGAAGAAAAACGUAUAAAGUUUGA